AGCAGGUGCAGAAGCUGGGUGGCAGCGGGAGACCAGACGCGCGCCGACAACCGGAGCUCCGUGAAACAGCAGCCCCACCACAGCCCCAAGUCCGCAGCACCUGAGCUACCUCCAACAGCCCCAGCCAUGGCAGCGGACACCGAGCGAGUAGAACCGGGGGAGAGCGAGGAGGAAGUGGAGGAUGUGUACGAAGUGGAGAGGAUCAUAGAUAUGCGAGUAGAAGAGGGAGAGGUGCUAUACCGAGUGCGGUGGAAGAAUUACUGCUCAGACGAUGACACAUGGGAACCUGAGGCCCACCUGGAGGACUGUAGGGAGGUUCUGCUCGCGUUUAAGAAGAACAUCACAGAAGCUAAGUCCAAGAAGGAAGCAGAGGCCAAGAAGAGUGUGAAAGUGCUUCCUGCAAAGAGCGACCUGUUUAACGCUGAUUCCGACAGUGACAAAGACCCUCCCACAGACCUCCCACUCAAGAAGAAGAAGAAGCAGCAUGUGGAAGAGCUGCCUCCGAAAGAGAAGAAGAAGAAGAAAAAGAAGGAGCGGCGCCAGGAGGACUUCAGACCGCUGCCUGCCCCAGAGACUGAUGAGGAGGAUGAACCUGCCACCACACCCCCCUCUUCUCCAAAGAAGAGACAGGCCCACUCUGAUGAGGACCCCCAAGACCCUGUGCCAGCUAAGAAACACAAGAAGGACAAAGGCAAAGAGGUGCCCAAAGCCAAGCCCAAAGAUGAGGAGGCCAAGAAGAAGAAAGGGAGGAAGGAGGUGAGGAUGGACACCUCAGACGAUGACACGGCUCCCAUUGAGGAAGACAUCAGCGAAAGCCCAUCCGAAGCACCCACUGAGGUCACCACCUCGGAAGCACUCAGAACAGCCCAGAGCAUUUACCUUGAUGACAAGUUUAAAGAAAAGAAAGGCAAGUGGGAGGUGAAGCUGCAGGGCUUUAAAAACCUGAUCCAGAAGAAGGAUAGUAAAAAGCCUGAUGCCUUGCCCAAAGAGAACAGCCUCCAGAAGCUCAAGAGCCUAACUUCUAAGGCCAAAGACGAUCUGGCUCCACACUCCUCUGACUCCAGCGACAGCUCCACAGCCCACAGGAAGUCGAAGAGCAAAGAUAGAGCCCUGGCCCCCUCCUCUGCCUCAGUUACACCCAGCACCAGGCCCAAGGAGGACAGGCCCAAGGAGGACAGGCCCAAGGAGGACAGGCCCAAGGAGGACAGGCCCAAGGAGGACAGGCCCAAGGAGGACAGGCCCAAGGAGGACAGGCCCAAGGAGGACAGGCCCAAGGAGGACAGGCCCAAGGAGGACAGGCCCAAGGAGGACAGGCCCAAGGAGGACAGGCCCAAGGAGGACAGGCCCAAGGAGGACAGGCCCAAGGAGGACACUCAAACACUGAAGGAUGCCACUGGCAGCACCAAUCUGUUUGAGAAGUUUCUGCUGAACUGUGAGGCCAAGGACCGAGCUCCACGGAGGCCUGCACCGCACCAGCUGCCCCCUGAGAAGAACGCCAGCAAGCCCUUCAAGUUAAUCGGGAAAAUUGAGAGGAUCCCAAAGUCAUCCAAGGAGUCUCCUGUGCAAAAAGCAGACGCUGAGAGAACUGAUAAACUCAAGCAAACAGAGGCGAUCUGCAAAGCAAGCCAGAGUCAUGGCUUCAGUUUGGACAGUGAUGAGAGAGAGGGCGAGUUCAGCCCCAAAAAUCGAGCUGGGGAUGAGGCCCGAAGAGAGCGUACUGACGAGGGGCAGCGGUCAGGCUGGGACAGGCAUAGUUCCACGGCCCGGCGGAGAGAGGACAGCGAGCCGAGGCUCUUCAUGGCCUGUGAGGAGCCCCCGGAGGACCUGUCUGAGCCCAGUGACAAAACUGAGAAGACCCAAGCCACACUAAGUUUGGGGAUGGAUCUGAACCUAGACUGGAUGACAUUAGAGGAUUUCCAGAGGCAUUUGAAUGGAGACGAUGAGGUUCUGAGUGGACCUCCUCUAUCUCCCAGUGAGCUGCGAGAUGCUGUAAAGAGUGGAGAUUACCUGGCUGUAAAACUAGCUCUGAACUCUAAAGAAGAUUACAAUCUGGACCAAGAGGAUGGAAGUGGCAUGUCUCUGAGCAUGCUGGCUGCAGCUGGUGGACAAGACGACAUCCUGAGGCUGCUCAUAAGGAAAGGAGUGAAAGUGAACGGACGCCAGAAAAACGGCACCACUGCGCUCAUGCAUGCAGCUGAGAAGAAUUUUCUGACCACAGUGGCCAUCUUGCUGGAGGCGGGGGCAUAUGUCAAUGCUCAGACAUUAGGAGGAGAGACUGCACUGAUGAAGGCCUGUAAGAGGGGAAAUCUUGACGUGGUGCGCCUCCUACUGGAAUAUGGAGCAGACUGCAACAUCAUGUCCAAACACGGGAAAAACACUGCCAUGUACUUCGCCAAACUGGGCAACAACCUGAUGGUGUGCGACCUCAUCAAGGACCACACCAGCAUGCUGUGCAGUGUGACAGAUGAGGUCAUCAGGGCGUACUUUGAGUCCCGUCUGGCGGUUCUGGAGCCAGUCUUCCCCUUGGCCUGUCACCGCCUGUGUGAGGGACCAGACUUUUACAUGGAGUUUGGAUACAAGCUGCAGCCACAACCUGAAGGCUCCGGGAUCCUCCUGUUCAUUUUCCACGCUAACUUCCAGAAUGAGAUCACAGCUCGCCUGUGCGGCCCCUGUGCGGUCCAUGCAGUGGUUCUCAACGAUAAGUUCCAGCUGCCCAUCUUUCUGGACAGUCACUUUAUUUAUUCGUUUAGUCCUGUCCCAGGCAUCAACAAACUCUUCAUUCGCCUGGCAGAGUCUCCCACAGCAAAGGUCAAGCUGCUCAUCUCUGCAUACAAAGUUCAGCUGCAGGGGACAUUUUGAGGACAUCACAGGGCAUCUAUGGAACACCCAGAGCUCUAACCAUGUGCUUGGACAUGGGCAAUGAAACAAUUCUCACUCUGAACACUACUCCAGAGACAACAAGGGCCGGGGGCUCCUUCUGCUGGUGGACGGUGUCGACGUAUUUUUUUACAUUGCACAUUGCUAGUGGUGAAAGACUGGUACUUUUUAGAAAAAAAAAAAUUAUAUACUUGAAUCAAGCCAAGUGUUCAUAACUUUGGAAAGCUCCUGUUGCUCCUGUUUUGUGAGAUUGCUGUUAAUAUAACCACUACAAAGCAAUGUGUAUAUGUGUGUGUUUGUGUGUAUUAUGUUUUUGUAUUGUGAUUCCUAUGAGUGAGUCCUAUACAACCAUUGAAAACAAUACGCCCUUUCUAAUUAACUGAAUAAUGAAGUGCUGAAUAAUGGGAGAUCAGACUACUAAUUUCACCAAUAUUUUUUAAAAAAUAACAUUUUUUUCUCAACAUAUUUUCCACAAACUGCCACUUAACUGAUGUAAAACCAUGAUAAAAGCAAAUCAUAAUUAGAAAAACACGAAAACCUGUCAUAUGCAUUUGAAGAUACAAUGAUGCACAGGUCCUUGAGUGAUCACCUGUUGCCUUCACUAUCUCUAAAUUAUAGUUAAAUUUACACAAAAUAAUAUCAUUUUAAACACAGAACAAUGGUUUCUUUCAUUUUAUUGUGGCCAUGCAACUUCUUAAAAAGUUCCAAGAUAGCUUGAUUAUAAUUUAGAGAUGGUAAAGACAACAGGAGCCCAGUGAAGGAUCUAUACCAGUGUCUAACCAGAAAGUAAAAUUAUAAAUGUCACAGAAAUUUUAAAAAACGAGGCAAGAUUUUUUGUAAAAUCUUAAAUAUAAUGAUAACUAUGGUGCGCACAAAUCUCUUUAAUCCAUGUUAGAAUGUUGUUACCUCAUCAAAAACAUACAAAGAGUUGUCUUGCCUUUUACACAUGUUUAAGUAACCCUUUAUUAUUAGUCUGUUUACACGUCGAAAGUUAAAAAUGCUCUGUUCCACUUUGUGAUGUCAUGAAGUGGUAUUUUCAAGUUGACAGCUACCAUUUGCAGUUUGUUUAGAUUCCAGGGCUGAAAUCAUCCAGUUGAUUCUGGUGAAGGUGUAUGAAGUUUAAAAACACAGUGGAGCACUUUCUGUAUUACCACAUGACAUCACAAGGUUGAACAGUGAGUGUUUUCUGUUCAGGAGAAGAACACAACCUAAAUAUCCAGGGUUAUAUGCAACGUAUGCUCUGGAAGCUUGUAUGUUCCAUCACUUGCUGACCUAAGGCCAUGCAAAGCUUCUGAAUGAGUCACCACAGGGCAAUAUUUGACAGGAGAAUUAAUUGGGAUUUUACCUCUUUAGAGCAUGAACCCCUUUAAAAGUCCUAUAUUACACAAAAUUGUUACCUCCUCAAAAACAUACCUGGAGUUGUGUUUUGUUUCAUUCACACAUGUCGGAGUGAUCAUGCAUUAUUAGGUUGUCUACAUCUUCAAAGCUCAAAAUGCUCUGUUCCACUUUAUGUCAUUAAGUGGAAGUUUUAAGGUGAACAGCUACUUUUAGUGUCAAUUGAACUGAUUUACUCUACAAUACAACAGAAUAACCACAAUUUGUUCUUUAAAGAUAAAAUGAAUUGUACAAACGCUUAUUUUUAUGUAUACAGGGAGAGUCCUCAUGACUCUCAUUGCACUUUAACAGUGCCCUGUUAAAAUAAAGAGCAAUACAAAACAAAAACUAAACAAAUAACUGCAUAGGUCCAAUAAAAACAGCUGCAGAUGUGAUUAUAAAUAUCACGAGAUUAUUAAAGUGCAUUUGUGGCACCAAUGUAGGCAGGCAGGCAAGUUUAUUUGUAUUCGUACACGAAGUAAUUCAGUCCUUUACAGAAUAAGAAAGACAUUAAGAUCACAAUACAGCAAAUCAAAACAAAUAAUCAUAAAUAAUCAUCAUAAAAUUAACAUUAAAAGAGAAGAGUGCUUUCAGUCAUAUCCACAGUGAAACAGAACUAGAGGCCUGUCUCACAUUUUCAGGAAGACUGUUCGAGGUUUUAGCUGCAUAAAACUGAAACGCAGAUUCCCCAUGUUUAGUCCCAACUCUGGGCACCAGCAUGUUUUUUAGAUGGUAAAAAGCUACAGAUGUUAUUGAUUUGAUGUGGCUGUUAAAGUUCAAGUCUGUGUCCAUUAUUAGCCCUAGAUUUCUAGCCUGAUUUGAAGGUUUUAAAGAGAGACUGGAAAAGACUGCUAACACUUUCUCUCUGUUUUUGUGGGCCAAAGACUAUGACUUCAGUCUUGUCUGAGUUUAGAUGGAGAAAGUUUUGCAUUCACACACUGGUUUUGCAUCCACACACUGAUCUGUUGGAUGCAGUGGCAGAGUGAAUCCACUGGUCCAUAUUCACCUGCUGCUAGUGAGGCAUAGAUCUGAGUGUCAUCUGCAUAGUUGUGGUAGGACACAUUAUUGCUGUGUAUUAACUGGCCUAAUGGCUGCAUGUAGAGAUUGAACAACAGGGACCCCAGGAUUGACCCCUGGUCAGGGACAUUUUAUCUGAAACACAUUUUCCAGUUUCAACAAAGUACUCUCUGUCUUCUAGAUAGGAGUUGAACCAGUUUAGUGCAGUACCAGAGAUGCCCACCCAGUCCUCUAGUCUGUCCUCUAGUCUCUGUAACAGGAUCGUAUGAUCGGCAAUGUCAACAUCAGCACUCAGAUGUAACAAGAUCAAGAGUGAGACUUUGCCUGCAUCAGUGUUCAGGCAGAUGUUGUUUGUCACCUUGAUAAGAGCAGUCUCAGUGCUGAGGUGGGGUCUUAAACCUGACUGGAAAACAUCAAAGGAGUUGUUCAUUUGGAGAAAGUUAAUAAGCUGUUGGUAAGCAACUUUUUCAAGGACUUUGCCUAAAACGUCAGAUUUAGGAUCGGUUGGUAAUUGUUCAGCAUUGUGACAUCAAGACUGCUCUUCUUUAGGAGAGGCUUGAUAACUGCAGUUUCCAAACCUCUUGGGAAUGUUCCGGAUUGAAGUGACAUGUUAACUAUGCAAAUGAGUGGUGAUAGCGAACUGUUGAGCACAGGCUUUAAAAACCUAGUAGGUAACACAUCGAGGCAGCAUGUAGAUGAACUCAGACUGGUGAGAAUCUCCUGGACAGUUUUGUCAGUUACAGGUGCAAAGUGAGUUAGCUCUAAGUAUCUAGGUGGCUGGAGGGGUAUUAUUUGGUUGUGCAAUUGAUGGCAUUUUUAAUGCCCUAAACCUUGUUUCUGUGUAAACUCCGCACACCCGACUGGGCGACAGGUGCGUAGGAGGUGAAGCACUUGUCUAAAAAUUAAAGAAAAACUCCAGCACACUGUCUCACUCUUAAUGCAAUUUAUUCCAUACAACGUUUCGGUCUCUCUGAUACCUGAAGAAGGUCAGAGCAACCGAAACGUUGUAUGGAAUAAAUUGCAUUAAGAGUGAGACAGUGUGCGGGAGUUUUUCUUUAAUUUUUAGACAAAUGCCCUGAACCUUGUCAUUAAAGAACACUGCAAAUUCAUUGUACAUAGACGUGGAAAUUAGUUCUAAUGGCAGCGGAGCUGGAGCAUUUGUUGAUCUGUUAACUAUUGCAAACAGGAUGCUAGAGUUGUUACUGUAACUUUUGGUAAUGUAAGAAAAAUACCCCUCCCUUGUUCUACAUAAACUGUGGCUGUACGUGUAUAUUUUUUCUCUGUAAAUCUCAUUAUGAACCUGAAGCUUUGACUUGCACCAUUCCCAUUUGGUCCCCCAGCACUCCCUUUUCUGUGCCUUGACCGAGUCAUCAUUUCUCCAUGGUGCUUUCUGCUUGUCUUUAAUCAUUUUAACCUUUAUCAGUGCAAUGGUGUCCAGAACAUUUAAAACACUCCAAGUCACGUGCACCAUGAACAGUGCACCUAUGUUAUCAUUUAUGUGUCUCCUUCGAACAACCGCAGGACCAGCCGCUGGUUUGGCAGACAGGUUAAAGAAGAAAUGAUCAGACCAAGCAACAUCCACUACAUUGACAUUUGAAAUAUUUACUCCUUUUGUGAUGUAUAGUUCCAAAGUGUGCCUUCUGUUGUGGGUGAUCUCGCUGACAUGCUGAGUCAGACCAAAGGUUUCAAGGACAGAACUGAGCUCUUUAGUUUCUGUCAAACACAUUAUCCCUGUGCACAUUAAAAUCACCUGUAAUGACUAAUGACUAAACUAUUAAAGUUUUUUGCAUAUAACUG